AACCACCCUCAUUACUCACCACUUCCAAAGACCAAAAAGUAAAACAAAACAAUACCUUAAUUAAUUUCAAUCAAAAUUCAUCAAUUCUGUAUCAACCAGCAUACAGAAGAGUUUAUUAAUCCCAAUUUCUGUAAAUAAGCAACUAAUUAAUCCAAAAAAGAUGGAAGCUCUUUAUUUCUAGGCAAGAUAGGCAAUAACAAAGAUGGUGAAUUGUUGAUUAUGCAUCAACAAGCUACUAAUUAAUCCUAAAAAGAUAGAUAAGCUAAGGUAGUAACAAAGCUGGUGAUACGCAUCAAGAAGCUACUAAUUGAUCCAAAAAAUAUGGAAGUUCUUUAUGUUGAGGCAGCAAAGGCGAUAACAAAGCUGGUAAUUACGCGUCCUUUAGAGCAAGUAAAGGUGGCUUGGACACUCAAGAAGCAGUUUGAGAAGCUAAGAGAAGAGUUCACUUACAUCCAAGCGUUUCUCCACGACAUCGAGAGGUUGAACCAAAGACAUAGAGAAGAUAGUCAAUUCGUGAACGCUUGGCUUAGAAAAGUCAUGGAUUUGGCUUACUCAGCGGAUAAUGUGAUGGAUGAUUAUUCCUUCCAAAUCCUUCAUAAGAGAACAAGUUCAUGGGAGUUAAAGAACCACUUUAAGUUGAACAAUUAUAGACCUAAGAGGAAGCUACUAUCACAAAUACACCUAAAGAGCCGACAUUUUAAAAAGAAGUGUUCCAGCUUGUGUAGUCUCUCGCAUUCUAAUCCUUUGACCUUGCGCUUUAGAAUGUCUAGCAAAGUGAACCACAUCCUUAGGUCUUUUGAUGACUUGUACAAGAGUAGUAGUAAGCUUGGUAUUAGGCCAGCAGAGAUGGUAACUGCAGAUGUAAGAGGAGUUGGUGAUAGAGAAGCAUUCAGCAGUAACAUCAACAACUACUUGGAUGAAGUUCGAGAAUUAGCAAAUGCACAUAAGCUUGAAUUUGUAGGGAGAGAACAUGAUCGAGAGGAGCUCACUACUUUGCUUAGUGAUCCUAACAAUGAAGAGGAUAUCUCCACCAUUGUCAUUGUUGGUAUGGGAGGUCUUGGAAAAACAACAUUGGCGAGACAGUUGUAUGAGAAUGAAGCAAUUAUCGAACGUUUUACAGAAAGAUUUUGGAUCUGCAUAUCUGAUAGCUUCAGUGUGAAGAGGGUUUUAUGUGUGAUGUUUGAAAAAAUCACAGGAGGAAAGUGUGAACUGUCAAAUACAGAUGUAAUCAUAGAAAGAGUUCAACAACUUGUAAGGGGAAAACGUUACUUGAUUGUGCUUGAUGAUGUAUGGGAUCAGAGCCAAAGCAAAUGGAACUCUUUUAAGAACUCCUUAAGAAGAUUAGGAGGGUCCACGGGAAGCAUGAUUUUAGUCACUACUCGCAACAAAGACAUUGCAAAAACAGCAGAAAGCCGAUAUAUGCACCAGUUAACAGGGUUAUCUGAUGAAGAAAGUUGGGCCUUCUUUGUGCAGAAAGCUUUCUCGAAAGGCAAAGCAACGUAUGAUUCAGAGCUUGAAGAGAUCGGCAAAAGGAUUGUGAAGAAAUGCAAGGGGUUGCCCUUAGCAAUCAAUGUGAUAGGAGGCUUAUUACGAAUGAAAGAAGAUUUGUGUGAGUGGAAAGCUGUAGAAAAGAGCAAGUUGUGGAAUCUUCCCCAAGAGAAAAAUGAUAUCCUACCUUCCUUGUUACUGAGUUUCAACAAUUUAUCUUCACCCUUUUUAAAGCAAUGUUUUGCGUAUUGUGCCAUUUAUCCAAAGGAAGUCCUCAUUGAUCGAGAAGAUUUAAUAAAUCUCUGGAAUGCUCAGGGUUUCCUCAAUUGUCAAACAGAAGGAAGCAGUUUGACACCUGAGGAACUGGGGAGUAAAUAUUUUGAAACAAUGUUAAGCAAUUCACUCUUACAAGCAGAGACACGGCGUUCUUUUGAUGGUGAUACCACCGAAUAUCGCAUGCAUUAUUUGGUGCAUGAUAUGGCUAUUUACAUCUCUAGACAUGAGUGGCUGAUUUGGAAAGGGGUAGAUAUGAUCAGGAAUCCUUCUAAUGCCUGGCAUCUAGCCAUAUACCCUAAUGAUAGUGCAAUUAUCUCAGAACCUCCGGCGGAAAGCAUGAAUUGGUUACGGACAUUACAUUCUAAUAUUAGCUUACCUAUGGAUCUUUUGGUGUAUGCCAAAAACUUGCGUGUACUAAAAUUAGCCGCAGUUGGUUUAGAAGAAGUGCCUCAAGCUGUCGGAGGGCUUCAUCAUUUAAGGUAUGUCGACCUAUCUCACAAUCCUAUAGUUAUGCUGCCAGACUCAAUAACAAGCCUUUACCAUCUCCAAACAUUUAGGCUAUUUGGUUACAGGCUUAAAGAAUUACCUCAAAGGCUGUAUAGGUUAGUCAACUUACGACACCUUCACCUUACAUCCCACUCAUGGUGCCUUCCUAGAGGGAUUGAAAGAUUAACUGCACUGCAGACGCUACCAAUGCUCGAGUUGAAUGAAGGCAGUGGCUGGGAAAUUGCUGAAAUGGGGGCAUUGAGUGCCAUAAAGGGCCUCCUAUCUUUCUCUGGACUUGAAAAUGUGAAGAACAAGGGAGAAGCGGAGAAAGCUGGCAUUUGCAAAAAAACAGGAAUUACAGAGAUGCAACUAAUUUGGGGCUGGGGAAGGGCUAGUAAUCACCUAGAAGUGCUAGAUGCUCUACAACCACCCCCAAAAUUGGAAUUGCUCAUGAUAACUGGUUAUGAUGGUCCAAGUUUUCCUCCAUGGUUGACGACUAUGAUAACUUUCAGUGAAGCUGGUACUCCAAUGCCAUUCUACAAUUUGGUCCAUGUUGAAUUACUAUAUUGCAGAAGCUGCAAGGAACUCCCUGCGCUUGGGCAGCUACCAUGUCUAAGGAAUCUGAUUAUGUACUCUAUGUGGUCUGUCACAGCUAUAGGGGAUGAAUUCUAUCAUUCUAGCAAUGUGAUUGAGCGAGCCCCAGCUGCAUUUCCAGCCUUGAGAAAACUUAAUAUAUUUAGCUUUGAGAACUUGACAGAAUGGGCAGUCCCUACAAAUCAUUUGGUAGGAACAGUAUCUACAACAGCCACAAAUGCCUUUCCCUUGCUUGAAAUACUAAGGAUAGAACAGAGUGACAAGCUGGCAAAGACUCCAACCAACUUCCCUUCCCUCAGACAUUUACAGGUAGAUAAAAGUUUCAGAGGUCAAGCAUUAUACGAUGUAAUAAGUGAAAGUAGUAAAUCACUUAUCUCCCUCAACAUCAACGGGGUGUUAGAGUUAUCACGGCUACCUGAUGAACUGAUUGAUUGCAUAAGUCUUGAGGAAUUGGCAUUGCGUCGCUGUUUUGAUCUACAAUCUUUGCCUGAUGGACUGGGAACCCAGCUUACUUCCCUACUUCACUUGUCCAUUGUUGAGUGUCCAGAACUGAGAGAAAUACCAGAUAGUAUCGGGGGUUGCCGUUCUUUAAAGAGGUUGUGCAUACGUGACUGUCAUAAUUUAGAAAGGAUACCAAAUCUAAACCAGCUGAUACAUAUUGAGGAAGUAGAAGUAAGUGGAUGCAAAAAAUUACCUUGCUUGCCAAAAGGGCUUCAAAGCCUUCCUCGCCUCAACUCGUUGUGCAUUGGAGGGUUUAAGACCUUGGAAAUUCAGUCCACCAGCUCAGUCACAUCUCAACUUCUAUUUCCAGCACUCAAAGUAUUGAAGAUAAUCAAUGAUGACUGUGUAGAGGAAGUACCAGUGUGGAUUGGGAACCUUCAGUCGCUGCAGAAAAUGGAACUGAAGUGGUGCAAGAACUUGGUGCAUUUACCUUCACAAGAUGUCCUCCUGCGGCUGACCAGAUUGACAGCACUAAGUAUUGGAUACUGUCCACUCUUACAGAAAAGAUGUGUGAAGGACGAUGGACCAGAGUGGAACAAAAUCUCCCACAUCCGUUUCAUUAGGGUUAAUUCACGAACAAUUCAAGAAAUACCUGCAUAAGGUUGAUCAUCCAGGUAAAUUCUUUAUUGGUCCAAGCUGAUCGUAGCAAAAACAUUUUGUGAUAAAGUUUGUAUGACAUUAGAUUUAAAGUUUAUCCAUUUAGUGUAGCUUAAAUUGGU